GGCAGGCGAGGGCGUCGAUCGGCCGCGGGAAGCUGCAGCUCGGAGGAUCGAGAGCGGCGUUCGAUCUGCACGCGCGCCGCGCGUCGCACGCGUACGUCGCAGCGUCGCCCGCCCCCACCUCUCCGCGAUAGCAGCAGCCGUCGUCGUCGUCGCCGUCGUCGUCUCGCUGCUGGCAGGCUUAGUCGCGCUCACGUCGUUGUCCCGUCGCCACACGAGCCGUCGCCCGCUCUCUCGCGCGCCACAAGUGUUCGUUCGGUGGCGCGCGGCCAACUCUCGCGCUCCAGAGUGAGUCCAGUCCGUUCCCCCGGGCCACGGAGACGGAGGGACGGAGAAGAGAGAGAGAGAGAGAGAGAGAGAGAGAGAGAGAGAGAGAGAGAGCGAGGAUCCCCGGCAGCCUAUUGAUUUUCCCGGAGUGCUCGUCAUCUUAUCGCCGGGGUCGCUAAAGGCGCUCCGCCAGGCGAGCGCGAUCGGCCCGAGAAGAGGUGUGUGCUCAUUGAGCAAAGUGCGACGAAGAUCAGUGACGUAUAUCAGUGACAAAAAGGAGCAGAAGAGUGCCGAGCAGCGCCAGCAGCAAGAUAGAAAGAGCGAGAGAGAGAGAGAGAGAGAGAGAGAGAGAGCGAGCUCGGUCGGAUUCUCCCCCCAGCGGGUACACGACCAUGAUAUAGGCUUUGGGAAGAGAGGAAUCGCGCGGAUCGGCCGACAGGAAGGGAUCCUCUCUCGCACGCACGCGCUCGUUUUUCUCUCUCCGCGUCAGCUGUGCGCACCCGUCGUCUUUCUGCACAGGGGGGGAGACGACGCGAAAUAAAGCCUCGCAUCCUCUCUGUCUCUCUCGCUGUCUGUCUCUCUGUCUCUGUCUCUCUCUCUCUCUCUCUCUCUCACCGUUUGCGGCUCACUUCCGCGACGGCGGCGCGCCGGUGAGAACGACCAGCUCGACGCAAGGACGACAGCCCCGUCGCCGUCAUCGCCAUGGAGGUGGCCACUGAACUGUCUCCGCUGUCCGGGACGGACGGCGCCAAGGCGGAGAAGGCCUCCUACUAUCCGCACCAGCCGGACCGGCUGCCGCGGACGGCGGCCCAGAAGUUCGCCGUGUUCCUGAAGCACAACGCGCUGACGAUGCUGACCGUGGCCGGCGUGCUGUUCGGCAUAGUCCUCGGCCUGGUGCUGCGCAACGUCGGCAAGACAUGGUCCAAGCGCGAGAUCAUGUACGUCAACUACAUCGGCGAGCUGUUCCUGCGGAUGCUCAAGAGCCUCAUACUGCCGCUGAUCAUGUCGAGCCUGAUCUCGGCCAUCGGCUCGCUCGACCUCUCGCUCAGCGGCAAGAUCGGCGGCCGGGCCAUCAUCUACUACAUGACCACCACCAUCAGCGCCGUGGUGCUCGGUAUCGUUCUGGUGGUGAGCAUCCAGCCGGGCUCCAACCAGAACGCCAACGAGAGCAACGACAAGGCGCCGCGCAACGUCACCACGGUCGACACCCUCAUGGACCUCGUGCGUAACAUGUUCCCGCCGAACCUCGUGGAGGCCUGCAUCGCCCAGCACCAGACCAAGAUCGAGAUGGACGCCAACAGCACGCUAGGUAGGUGCCCGAGGUGCCCGAGGUGCCGCGAGCGCCGGCCCGGCCCGCGGCAACCCGCGGCAACCCGCUCUCACGAGACUGUCAUUCGCGCAGAGGACAAGUACACCUGGAGGAUCGUGCCGUCGACCGAGUCCGGCACCAACAUCCUCGGCUUGGUGGUCUUCUCCACGGUGCUGGGCAUCACGCUGGGCAAGAUGGGCGACACCGGCAAGCCGCUGCUGAGCUUCUUCGAGACGCUGUCCACCGCCAUGAUGAUCAUCACGAACUGGGUGGUUUGGAUGUCGCCGCUGGGCGUGCUCUUCCUGGUCGCCUCCAAGAUCAUCGAGAUGGACUCGCUGAACACGGUUGUCGGCCAGCUGGGCAUGUACUUCCUCACGGUUAUGGUGGGCCUCUGCAUCCACGGCUUCCUCGUGCUGCCCACCAUCUACUUCUUGUUCACGCGUAAGAACCCCUUCAGCUACGUGUCCAACAUGGCGCAGGCCAUGGCCACGGCCUUCGGCACCUCGUCCAGCUCGGCCACGCUGCCCGUGGCCAUCGCCUGCCUGGAGGAGCGCAACGGCGUCGACCCGCGCGUCACGCGCUUCGUCAUGCCCAUCGGCGCCACCAUCAACAUGGACGGCACCGCGCUCUACGAGGCCGUGGCCGCCAUCUUCAUUGCCCAGGUUCGCCAGUACUCGCUGAGCUUCGGUCAGCUGGCCGCGAUAAGCAUCACCGCCACGGCGGCCAGCAUCGGCGCGGCGGGAAUUCCGCAGGCGGGCCUGGUCACCAUGGUCAUGGUCUUGGACACCGUGGGCCUUCCAUCCGGCGACAUCUCUCUCAUCUUGGCCAUCGAUUGGUUGCUUGAUCGCUGCAGAACGACCGUGAACGUGGUCGGUGACUCGCUCGGCGCUGGCAUCGUCAAUCACCUGAGCAGAAACGAGCUGGCGGCUUUGCCGCUUCACGGCGCCCAGACCCGAAACGGCGGUGACAACCACACGACGUCCAUAUGAGACGACGCGCCCGCAGAGCUGUAAUCUGCGAGACGCUGAAGCAAGACCAACGACAGCGACGGCAACGCGAUGCGAAGACAGCAAGGGGAACGAGAUCUGUAUACGGGAAUUAUUCGUCGUAGUGAUGCAGUGCCGCUUUCGGACCGCGCGAGUCGCCGGUGUCGAGGACGAAAAAACAAAACAAAGAAAAGUAAUACAAAACGCAUGCCAAAGACGCGAGGAGGCGCGCGCGCGAUCUUCAAUUCGCGACACUCAAUUACACUUCCUGUCGAGCGCGUACGAGCACGUAGGGGUUUCGACUCGCGCGCUCGCGUCCGCCAAGCAUAUAUUUAUAUACAUGGACAAUGCGUACUCGAGGGAACACGGGGCAGACAACGCCUUUCGCAAAGCGAAGGCGGCUCGAAUUGAAACAAGCCGAACAGCCGCUAUAAUAGACGCGAGCACGCGCUAUACCUAUACGUAGACGCGCCGCUCGGCGUUGAGUGUCGCUGCGCUCCGCGCAACAAAUAAUACCCACUCGAGUCAAAGAGCGCUUGAUUCGGCCAUUCGAACACGUCGUGUCGCAGACGCACAUCGCAAAUUGAGAUUUGUUUUUCUUUCUUCACUGUAGCAGAUGCGCAAACGUUCUAUUUUCUCUCGCUAGAUGAUAACUGAAUCCUCGCGUUCGUUUUGUUUUUGUCUCCUCGAUCGACGAUCGCUGAGUUUAUCGUACGAGUGAUACGCUUUUUCUCUUUGUUUAUUUGUAUUUAUUUAAUCUUGUUAAUUUUCACGUUAAUUUUUCCGUAAUCGUAGAUGUGUAAAAAAGAAACUGUAUCGAUUAUUUGGACGCUCGCAACAGAGCGUUGCGGUUCGUCAAAUUUGUCACGGGAACCGAAAAAGUAUAUUUUUUGACUUGUACUUUUCCCAAAAUAUGGAAAGAAAGGAUAAAGAAAUUUAUUUUGAUAUAUACCUUACUCCAAGUAUCAAGCUUACAUGUUAUACUUGAAAGAAACUUGUAUCUAUCUUUAGUAAAAUAAUCUACAUAUCGAUUGCGUAAGAUUGGUUUUGAAAACAAUUGUUAAACGACCAUUUGAGUGUUCCAACUACAUCGUUUUAUUGUUUGUUCAAUUUAUCUGAAAUGAAACAGUUCAUAUCCUUCAAGGUGCAAAGUAAAGUGGAAACAUAUAUAUUGAAAACUCCACGCAAAUAUCAAAGAAUUUACAUACGAGCAUAUAGUAUAUACAGGAAAAUGUAUUCCAUAUAAUUUAUACAUACGUGUAUAUAUAUAUCAAUAUAUAAGAAACAAUAAUUUGUAAUUGAUAAAAGUAUUUCUUUACGAUAUUUAUUAUUUUAUCGUUUACUAACGAUGUAUGAUAAAAUUUAUCGUUAAACUAUUACUUUUUGUAUAAUACUUUUAUCGUGCAAAAUAGUUCAAGUUGAUGAGAUUACAAAACGUCAGAUAGAUUAAUUUUAUAUUAGCCAUGCUCAACAGUGAUAAAAAAUUCAUAUCAAUUGAUAUCUAAUAAUUGGUUAAUCAUAUAAUGAAUCUUUAUAUCUGUACUUUAUUCAUAUUACAUGGUUUUAAAAUUCAAUUUACAAAAUUAGCUGUUAAGCUUUCAGUUUUAAAUACUCUAUAAAAAAAGUAUAUGAAAAAUUUAACUUUCAUUAUCAAUAUUUUUAAUUCUUUAAAGAAACAAAGAUUCCAUUAGCAAAAUACACUUGAACAUUACUUCAUGGAAAUCACUCAUUGUUGACUCAUGAGAUAAUUUAGUUUUCUAAUUGAUUAAAGGUGUCGAUCGCCUAAAACUAAAAAGGAACAAAGAACUUUAUAGCGUCUGCGACGCGAGAAAUUAGAUCUUACUUAUUAACUUUAAGCCAUAUAUCUCAUGAAGCGAUACAAAAGAUACUUUAUAAAUCCAAAAUAACAUUACAUAUGGUAAUUGUUUUUAAUAGAAUAUUUAUUGAAAGUAACGUUCAAAUCCUGUAGAAUAGUAAUAUAAAAUAACGACGUAAGUAAUAUGAUGUACAACAUAUUUUUUAUCGUUAAAGAAAACACGCGGAAUGAAAAUAAAAUCGAAGGCGAAAACAAGGUGUUAUGAUGAAUAAUAAUGGAUCAAUCAUAAGGAAGAGAAAAAAAAAACAACAGAGCAAAAAAUAAUCAAAGUCUUGUUGCACAUCUUAAAGUAACACAAAGUCAAUUUAAAUUUUGACAAUAGACAGCUGAACUGAGCACAAUCAAAACUGAAAGUAUUAUCGACGGUUUUGCCGAUUAAGACAACUUAACAUAUUACAAUGCAUCGAAGAAGACACACAACUGUUCUAAAAAACAAACACGCCUGUACAUAUAGGUCAUAAUGAACAUGAGCAAAUGUAUACGCGAAAAAAUAUAUUCCUAAUAAGGGUGCAAAACAUCAACUUUACCUAACUAACUUUAAUAGCUUUUUCUCUACU